AUGGCUGUGGCCUCCACUGCCCCAGAGAGCAUAUUCUCUAAGCAGCUCCUUUUCUCUUUCCUGGUUUUAAUAUUAUUUUGCAGUGCCUGUCAGACUAUUUCUCUUCAAGUUCCUUCUCAUCUUCAGGCUGAAGCACUUGUAGGCAAAGUGAAUCUGAAGGAGUGUCUCCGGUCGGCCAGCCUAAUUCAGUCAAGUGGUCCUGACUUCAGCAUUCUAGAAGACGGCUCCACUUACACAGCACAUAACCUCAUUUUGUCUUCUGAAAAGAAGAAUUUUUCCAUUUUGCUUUCAGACACUCAGAGACAGGAACAGAAGGAGAUAGAAAUUGUACUGGAAGCAGGAGGAAGGAAGAUCUACGCCUAUGCAACUACUGUGGACGGUUAUGCACCUGAGUACACACUCCCCUUACUAUUCAAAGUUGAAGAUGAUAACGAUAAUGCCUCAUAUUUUGAAGACAAAGUGACUGUCUUUAGUGUGCCUGAGAAUUGCCAAACGGGAACUUCAGUGGGAAAAGUGACUGCCAUAGACCUCGAUGAACCUGAUACUCUACAUACUUGUCUGAAAUAUAAAAUCUUACAGCAAAUUCCAGACAAUCCAAAGCAUUUCUCCGUACAUCCAAACAUCAUCACCACAACUACACGUUUACUGGAUAGAGAAUCAUUGAACUAUGAAGUACAUCGCCAAAUGGUUUUGCAAAUUGGUGUACUUAACGAAGCACAAUUCUCUAAAGCAGCAAACUCACAAACUCCUACUAUGUGCAUUACAACUGUCACUGUUAAAGUUAAAGACCAUGAUGAGGGCCCCAAAUGCCAACCACCAGUAAAAGUUAUUAAGAGUAAAGAUGCUCCCGUGGGCACAACACUCCUUGGAUACGAAGCGGUGGAUCCGGACAGCAGCACUGCUGAGGGCUUAAGGUAAUAAAAAAACAGAGAUGAAGAUAACUGGUUUGAAAUUAAUGAAUACACUGGUGACUUGAAAACUGUAAAAGUUCUAGAUAGAAAAUCAACAUUUGUAAAAGACAACCAAUACAAUGUUUCCGUGAUUGCAAUGGAUGCAGGUAUUUUGUUUACAUAUAUCUGUGUUACUGCUAAGAGUACAGUAAAGAAAUGUUUUCCAGAAGAUGUAGCCAAGCAAAACUUAAUUGUAUCAAAUACUGAAGCACCCGGAGAAGAAGUGAUGGAAGCAAAUAUUAGACUCCCCACACAGAAAUCCAACAUCUGUGACACAAGAAUGUCUGUUAGCACACUUGGUGGCCAGGGAGUCAAAACACAUCAAAGUUUUGGGGUGGUCAAAGGCUGCUACACUCUGGACCCCAUCAAAGGAGGCAGACAUCAGACCUUGGAAUCUGUCAAGGGUGUAGGACAAGGAGUGACGAACACCAGCAGAUACACAUACAAUGAAUGACACAGCUUCGCCCAACCUCGGCUUGGCGAAAAGGUGUAUCUGUGAGGAAAAGACAAGGAGCAUAAACAUUCUGAAGACUACGUUCACUCCUAUAACUAUGAAAGAAAAGAGUCUGUGGCUGGCUCCGUUGGCUGCUACAGGGAUCCGCAGGAAGAAGAGGGGUUUGAGUUUCUAGAUCAUCUGGAACCCAAAUUUAGGACCCUAGCAAAGACACGUGUAAAGAAAUAAGUGUGCCUUUUAAUAGAGUAACAUCUACGAUGCAUAUGUAGGAGUUUAU